AUGCGGCUGCUCAACGCAACCACCUUUGAGCUUGCCCUCUUCUCCGAUGACCAGAUCCCCCCGUACGCCAUCCUCUCCCACACGUGGGCGGAGGAAGAAGCGUCUUUUGAGUCCCUCUCUGGAGUCGGAGCCGCCGCCGCCGCCGGCGUCGCGUCGCGCGCCCGCCAGCCGCGGGGAUGGGCCAAGAUCACGCAGAGCUGCGCCGCCGCGCGGGCCCUCGGCCUCGACUACAUCUGGGUCGACACCUGCUGCAUAGACAAGGGCAGCAGCGCGGAGCUCUCCGAGGCCAUCAACUCCAUGUUUCGCUGGUACCGGCAGGCGUCGGUGUGCAUCGCCUACCUGGCCGACGUCUUCGGUGUCGAUGUCGACGGAGUCGCAGACGGCGAGGACACCACCCGGCGGGGAGGGAGCGGCGGCGGCCGGGGCGUCUGCUUCAAGCGCAGCCGCUGGUUCACGCGCGGGUGGACGCUGCAGGAGCUCAUCGCGCCGUGCGAGGUGCUCUUCUACGGCGCCGACUGGGCGAGCCUGGGCACCAGGGCCUCGCUGCGCAAGCUCAUCAAGGAGGCUACCGGCAUCCCCGAGCAGCUCCUCGCGGCCGCCCGGGGAGGAGACGCCGCCGCCGUCGACGCCUUCUCCGUCGCGCAGCGGAUGAGCUGGGCCGCCGCGCGCGUCACGACCCGGCCCGAGGACGUGGCCUACUGCCUGCUGGGCCUCUUCGACAUCAACAUGCCGCUUCUCUACGGCGAGGGGCCUGCCAAGGCCUUCAAGAGGCUUCAGGAGGAGAUCAUCAAGUCGACAGACGACGAGUCGCUGUAUGCGUGGCGCUGCGGGCCCCAGUCGUUGCCCGGACGGUGUUUCUGGGGACUGUUGGCCGAGAGCCCCGCGGCCUUUGGCAACUACGGCCAUCUGCUGCCGGUCCGGUCGCGAUACCUGUCCAGGCGGCGAGCCAGAAAGACCGUCACCGUGACGAACCGAGGGCUGACGCUGGACCUCUCGCUCACGCCGUUUCCCAAUGACCGUUCCGGCACCAUAUACUUGGCCUUUCUCGACUGCGACGUGCGUAGAGAGGGAUCUACGUCGACUCUGGUGCCGGCCAUCCUCCUACAAAGGAUAGCCUGGGACAGCGAUGCCGACUUUACUAGAAUUCGACCUGACAUCCUGGCACUCUCCAUGAUGAAUGUCAUUGUCUUGCCCGACGAGAUUUCUCUCAAAAUGGGUCUCGGCCCUGGCGACCAGAGUGCGGCCGUGGCAGAGCCUAAAGCACAGCAAAUAUCUAUCCCUCACAAAUGUACGGCGGCCCUUCCCCCGAGCGGUAUACUAUUCGACCCUCAAGUGCACCACACGGGCAACAUGCCCGAUCAAGUAACAGUGGAGGUGACAUCUCGGUCUCCGACCUGGCAGUACUUUGCCAGCCCGACGUUGCCCAACUCGAACGAGCUCUAUGAAAUCAACUUCAACCUUGUCUCCGUGCCCGACGUCGACCACCUCGUAGCACCCGUCGUAUUCGGUGUCUUGGAGCUGGACAUCAGCACGGCUUCGGCGGAUGACGACGGGUGCUGUCUUGUCGCAGGGCUCGAGCCGACGGAGCCGAACCCGUUCAACACACAGGCACUGUAUUUUGUGCCUUGGUGCGCGUUUGAAUCGCGGCGAAGCGUUGUCGACUCGAGUUUCAAGCAUGUCAUGGACAAGGCCUCGAGGCAGGGCCGCGAGCAUUUCGUCUUGAGCCACGGACGCCGACUGGUGGCUACAUUUGAGCUUGAUACAAAGUACUCGAGGCUCUUUUAUCGGCUCAAAAUCAGUGUAGCCGACGGAGAAGUCGUGCGUCAACGCCGUGAUCGAGUGACAGCUGGAUAAUGCUAGUCUUGGGAUCCAUCUGAGGUGGUCGCAACGUCCAUGCGCAGUAUGACUGCCAGCUCGCGAGAGACUGCAAGCGGGCGCUCUUCAGGGACGAGCCCGAGCUGGACAAGCUCCUCUGUGCUAAUGUCGGGGCGCUGGUCGAUAGUCUCCUUCAGGCGCCUCGCUGUUUCCGUCACGUCUUGAAUGGAAUCGACCCACUCGGCGGCCCAUGUGGUGCUGAGUGAGCCCGGGACGCCAAUCUGUAUACUGCGGUAGGGAAGGACGUCUAGCUUGGGCGUGCGCUCGGGAUCCCACUGGAUCCUGACCUCGGUGGUCCGGUCACGAGCCGUGUCUUGCGGCUCUCCGGCGGCGGGCUUGUGGGUGGACAGAACGCCGCGCUCCAGCAGGGCAAGGAAGUGGUGGUGUUUCAUCUUGAGGGCCAGAAUGCGCUCCUGUCGGGGGUCCUUGAAGGAGUACCCGGCACGAUACAUCAUCCAUGCCCAGCUGGGCUUGAUCCAGGUCAUGCGGCCAGGGCGAAAGUCGGGCGAGGCAUUGAGCCUCUGCUCCUUGACAGCAGCGUCGGCGAUGGAGCGCUUGUACGCUUGGUAUACCGUGACGGUGUCGUCGUCGUAGAGGGCGCGGAUCUGGCGAUAUGGCACUUGCGGCGUGGUCAUCGUGGCAGAGGAGCAGUGGCAGUGUGUCUGGUGGGAGUGGUAUUGGCGGGACGCCGGGCCGGACGAUGGAUGGGUUCACCAUUUAUGAAGGCGAUAGGCCAUGGGCCAGAUGAAGGCAGACAGCUCGUGGUGGCGCUGGGCUGAGGCGACGAUGGCGAGCGGCUGGAGCUUCAGGGAGCCUGGGGGAAGCCUCGGGGAGCCUUGGCUUGACGGGCGGUGACUCUUUCGGCGGGCACCGUCUGCUAGCAGGAGCGACCCGACGAGUGACGACCUGAUCAUUGAGUCACAAUGCAGAUCACGAUGGCUUCAGCACGUUGUUUCCCCAGAUGUGUACACUUUGAAUCGCAUAAAAUAUAGGUAUG